UCUUCAUAAAAUUUCAAGAGAGAGAGAGAGAGAGAGAGAGAGGGAGGGAGGGGUUCAGUUGUCAACACCAGCUUCCCUGUUUGUCUGCAAGUCCUUGUAAUAGAGAUAUAUGGUCACUGUAUGUUCAUAAGGACUUCUGAAACUAGGGUAAUCCAAACAUGGCAUUCCAGGACCACCAACAUCACCUCCACCCGGAAAUUCCCCUCACCCUUCCCCGCUACUCCUCCGAUCACCAUCCCCACCCUUCUUCCACCACCGCCGCGGCCUUCCGCUCAAUCCUCCCAGACCACCCGGACGACAAGCCGCCGCCCACCACGGCUUGGCUCAACACCAACUCCGCCAUCCACCACCAGUGGCUCCCCACCCAAAGUCAACCGAGCCCCCACACUCCGCCGGAGAACGGCGAUCACCGCCAGGACAGCGGGGGCGGCGGCGGGGACAACAGCAGCGGCGGAAACACCAACUGGGAGAAGGAGAAGUGCAAGGCGGAUAUCCUGAACCACCCGCUGUACGAGCAGCUGCUGUCGGCACACGUGGCGUGCCUCCGCAUCGCUACGCCGGUGGACCAGCUGCCCAGGAUCGACGCCCAGCUGGCGCAGUCCCACCAAGUGGUGGCUAAGUACUCCGUUCUCGGCCAUGGACAGCCGCCCCUUGAUGAUAAAGACCUCGACCACUUCAUGACACAUUAUGUUUUAUUGCUAUCCACUUUUAAAGAACAAUUGCAACAACAUGUUCGGGUCCAUGCGAUGGAAGCAGUCAUGGCAUGUUGGGAGCUUGAGCAAUCAUUGCAAAGCUUGACAGGGGUUGCCCCUGGUGAAGGCACAGGAGCAACCAUGUCUGACGACGAUGAGGACCAUGCAGACAGUGAAAUGAAUCUUGUUGAUGACAGCCUGGAUGGACCAGACAGUAUGGGAUUUGGUCCUCUUGUCCCCACCGAAAGCGAAAGAUCCUUAAUGGAACGCGUGAGGCAAGAACUCAAACAUGAGCUCAAACAGGGUUACAAGGAGAAGAUUGUCGACAUAAGAGAAGAAAUUCUCCGGAAGAGAAGGGCAGGGAAACUUCCCGGGGACACCACAUCCGUUUUGAAAGCGUGGUGGCAGUCUCACUCCAAGUGGCCUUAUCCCACCGAGGAAGACAAGGCACGGCUGGUGCAGGAGACGGGGCUGCAACUGAAGCAGAUCAACAAUUGGUUCAUCAAUCAACGGAAAAGGAACUGGCACAGCAAUCCCUCGUCUUCCACCUCUCAAAAGAGCAAGCGCAAGAGUGGUGCAGGUGACAAGACGGCCUAGCUGGCAUUUCAGUUACCCGAAGUGCACUUUUGUGUAUUUGUUCCAAUGCCUUAGACAGACACAGUUAGCCGGACAAAAAUGGGAGAACUAACGGCCGUGGGAUUACUUCUUUAGUUUGAGCUUCAGUUGUCUCGGAACAUUGAUCCUUUGCCUUGCCUACAGCAACUGUGAUAGCUUAUGCUUUAAAUCCUUGUAAGAAUAUGCAAAGCUACUUCGAAAUUUAUAUAUUGUCUGGAUAUAUAUAUUAUAUAUAUUGUGGCAUGGUCGAGGACUAUAUAUAUGUCUUAGUUGGACCUGAUAGGUGAUUGUUUUAUGUAUGAAAAGCUUCCUAUCUGUAUUUCUGCA